AUGAGGUCGUCUCUCGGUCGUUUCCUGCUCGCGGCCGUGGCGCUGCUCCUGUGCUGCGCCACCGCGGCGCGCGCGGCGGUGCUCGGCAUCGACUACGGCUCCGAGUACGUCAAGGUGUCCAUCGUCGCGCCCGGCCGGACGCCCAUAUCGAUCGUCAUCAACGAGAUCUCGAAGCGCAAGUCCACCGCCGCGGUGGCCUUCACCGGCGGCGAUCGAUGGCUCGCCGAGGAGGCCAUGAACUAUAACGCGAGGUACCCCGAGCGCGUCUUCACCCGCCUCAGGGACCUCCUGGGCAAGGACGCGUCCGUGGAAUCGUUCGCGGAAUACCUGGCCAAGUACAAGCUCCCUUACAAGGUCGUCAGAGACGCCGAUCGCGGCACCGCGCGCGUCGUCUCCGAGACGGGCGACGAGUACGCCGUCGAGGAGCUCGUCGCCAUGAUCUUGCAGUACGCCAUGAAGAUCGGCGAGGGCAUGGGCAAGGGCCAGAUCAAGGAUGCCGUCGUCGCCAUCCCCCCGUACUUCGGCCAGACCCACAGGUACUCCCUCUACGACGCCGCCGACGUGGCGGGGUUGAACAUCCUCGCCGAGGUGUCCGACCUUUCGUGUGCCGCGCUCCAGUGGGGCAUCGACAAGGAUUUCAACCAGAAGGGCACGUGGACCAUCAUCUACGACCUCGGGGCCACCUCCGCGGGCGCCGCCCUCGUGCGCUACUCCACGUUCGAGGGCAAGGACGCCGGUAAGAAGAAGCAGCACGGCCAGUUCGAGAUCAAGGCUGUCAAGUGGGACGAAUCCGUGGGUGGCGAGGACAUGGACAUGCUCCUGGUGGACCACUUUCUCGCCGAGUUUGACGCCAAGCAUAAGCCCUCGGUGUCGGCGUUUGACUCUCCCAAGGCGAUCGCCAAGCUCCGCAAGCAGGUUCGCAAGACCAAGGAGAUCCUCAGCGCCAACAAGGAGGCGCCGCUGUCCGUCGAGGGCAUGCACGAGGAUGUCGACUUUCGGUCCACGAUUACGCGGAAGGAUUUCGAGGCUCUCGCGAAGGAGAAGGGGAUCUUCACCCGCGCCGCGGGUCCCCUCAAGGCCAUCGUGGACUCUCUCGCGGACUUUGACAUCACGCUGAAGGACAUCGAGGUCGUCGAGGCCAUCGGCGGCGCCACACGCGUUCCCGGCGUCAAGAAGGCCCUCUCCGAGGCUCUCGACGGCAGAGCUCUGGACUUUCACCUCGACGCCGACGAAGCCGUCGCGAUGGGCGCCGGCCUCUUCGCCGCGAACAUGUCCACCACCUUCCGCAUGCGCAAGUUCGGAGCCGCGGACGCGGCGCCGUACGCGCUGGAGGUUGACCUCGGCAAGGGACCGGAGCACGACCGCAAGACGCUGCUCCCCCUGCACAAGAGGUUUCCCGUGCGAAGGGUCGUAUCCGUGGCCAACGCCACCGAGGAUGCAAAGUUCACCGUGCACCACGCGGACCCAACGCGUCUGCCCCCGGGCAUCGUCGACGCCAAGGUUGCCGAAUUUGCCAUCGCCGGGGUCCCGGACGCGAUGAAGAAGCACGACAAGGUUGGCGACAUCAAGGCGCAUUUCGCCGUGGAUAGCAGCGGCAUCCUCUACCUCGAAAAGGCGGAGUACGUCGUCGAGGUUGUCGACAUGGUCGAGGUUCCAGACGCGCCCCUCCCCGAGGAUGGCGACGCCACCGCGCGGGACCAGCCCGACGCCUCCGCCGACGCCGACGCCGAGGAGAAGGAGAAGGAGGAGCCCAAGGAGGAGCAACCCGACGCCUCCGCCGCCCCGCCCCCGGCGCCGGAGGAGCCCAAGUUUCGCCAGCGCCGGCGCGUCUUCCGCAUCCCCCUGACCGUCACCGAGUCCGGCCGCGCGGUUCCGGCCAUGACGCCGGACGCUGUGAAGAAGAGCAUCGGCGUCCUCAAGGAUCUCGCCGCCAAGGAUGAAGCUAAGCGCGCGCAGGAAGCCGCAAAGUCAAACCUCGAGGCGUACAUCUACUCCAUCCGCGAGAAGGUUUACGAAGACGAGGGUAUCGCCAAGGUGACCGACGAGGCGAUGCGGGAGAAGUUCUCCGGCGAGCUCACCGACGCCGAGGAUUGGAUCUACGACGGCGGAGAGCACGCCACCGCUGUUGAGUUUAACAAUCGCAGGGAUAAGCUGCAGAGCGUCGGCGACGAGUGGAUCCAUCGAGCGAAGGAGCUCACGCGACGCCCCGCCGCGGUGGAGAAGGCGAAGGACUUCAUCGCGACCGCGCGCAAGACGGUCGAGAAGCUCGGCGAAACCAAGCCGUGGAUCGAGGACGACGCCAAGAAGAAGAUGCUCGACGACGUCGACGGCUUUGAGUCUUGGCUCAACGAGAAGGUUGCGCUUCAGGAGAAGAAGAAGGACACGGAAUCCGCAGCCUUCACCGCGGCGGAGGUCACGGUCGAGGCCAAGCCCCUGGAGGCUAAGCUGGUCAGGCUGAAGAAGACCCCCGCGCCCAAGCCGCCGCCGCCGCCACCCGCGCCGGAGAAGGAAGAGACGGAUGCGGAGGCGCCCGCCGCCGCCGAGGGCGACGCCGCCGAGGGCGAGGAUCCCGCGGCUGAGGGUGAGGAGGGUGCCGACGGGGCGACGGCGGAGGAGGGUGCCGACGGUGCCGAGGCGACCGAUGGCGGCGAGGGCGAGGAGCCGUACCACGGCGACGAGCUCAAGAAGUGAGGACAACCCGCUCGCGAUUUAUUCUUUCAAUGCGCGUACAUUCUUUCAGACGUUCAAUCGCGAUGAUCGUCAGUCGACGUGAGGCUUCUCGCGUCGGCAUUACAAGCAAAGGUCAAUAAAACAAACGCGAUAAAG